CAGGGUUCUGCAGGUUAAAUUUGUCAGCAUACACGAUUUCUGAACAACCAGACAAUAUUCGAGCCAAGUGAGUAGUAGCUUGCUAUCAAAGUUCACUUCAAGGGGACAAAUCCAUACUGAACUUUCUCAAAGGCUUUAAAGUGUAAGAAAAUAUUAUCAGUAAUAGAUCGCCGGUCUAGAAUUACAUGAAGUUUAUGUGCGAAAGAUGCUGUGCAGUUAUGUUUCACAGGAAAGGGAUCUGUGGAAGUCAUGUUGUGUGUUCCUAAAAGCGAGUCUACAUCAACAGCCACCGAUAUGACACAUACUGCCGACUCACGGACUAGGAGUGGCCUGUGAGGAGCUAUUACCGUUCACCGUGGUGGCCCGGCACUUCAUUCGCUACCGGGGUACAGCCAUGGGCCUGCUCUUCGCUGUGACCGCCGUGUCGGGCUUCGUGUCUCCCCUCAUUGUUGAAGCGUUGCGGCAGGCCUUCGACUUCCGCACGGCGCUGCUCAUACUGGGCGCCCUCGAGCUGAACAUGCUGUUCGGCUGCGUCUUCGUCGACCGCGUGCCGCGCAGCGAAGGCGACAGCCGUGUGAGCGGCGACUGCGAAGCGCCCCCGAAGCCGGUCGCUCGAGGACGCCCCCGUGCGAGCUCCUUUCACACGGCGUCACUUGCGAAGUGCUGCUCCAAGGACCUCGUCUCGUCCCUUCCAAUUCCCAGGUCGUCAACCGCAGCCGGCUAUCCGAAGGAGGCAGACCCGCUGCUGAGAAAAAGCGAGAGUGUCUCGAGGAAGCUGGUCCACAGCCUGCACUCGCUAGCAUCCGCGCCGUUCCUGCAUGUCGCGGUGUCCCGUGCAGUGUCCGUCUUCAUACUCUCGUCGUUCCUCCUCACCGCCGUGGACUUUGGCUCAGACAAUGGUCUCGCUGGCUACGAGGCUGUUGCUCUGGUCACUGCGAGCGCUGUCGGUGACCUGGUUUCACGAGUAGGCACCGGCCUACUCAUGGACACCAAAGUGCUAAGCGGUGAAGCCUUGAUGCUAUGGAGCUUCGCUAUCCAGGCAGCCGCCAUGGCUCUCUUGGCGCUCACGAAGAAAUACUGGCUCCUCCUUGCCAGCUGCUUCUUCACGGGCUUGACGGCAGGGGGACGAAUAUUCGCCUGCACCGUUAUGAUUGCCGAACUGUUUGAUGAACAGUCGCUGUCGCUCAGUCUGGGCAUCACAAACUUCAUAGCCGGAAUCGUUUGCCUUGCGAGGCCACCCCUCAUUGGUGAGAGAGCUACUCAUUUUGUUUAGCGAACCGUACCUGCAAGUAGUCAAUAGGGUUAUUGACAAUUGCUGUUAUUACACGCCAACAUGGACCGUGAUUUUCUCAAAUGA